AUGGUCACAGACCUCAGCCAGUCCUCACCUCCAAAAGAGGCACCCCAGCCUAGUGAAUCCCUUCUCCUGAGCUGCGCGAGGCAGGCAGGAUGGGUAGUCUCUAAGAUCAACAGAGGCCUUGGCAACACUGGCAACACUCACAGCAACAGCCAGGAAGCAGGCCACCAUCAGACAGGUCCGGGGCCAGAAUUCCUUUCCCCUAUGGAGGAUGUGGCAGCCCCAGGCCCCAGGCCAGGGGCCCCACUUCAAGUGACAGAGAAUGUUGUUCCAGGAACUGAGGACUGGUUGCCAAGAGUUUCUGGACACCCAGCCUGGGCUACCAGCCUGGAGACAGAGUAUCAGACCGAUCCAGAGCUGAGUGAGAAGCAGUGGCUGCAGAUUUCUAAGGAGCUAGUUGAUCUCCAGAUUGCAACCCAUCACCUUCGUGAACAACAUGAAGCUGAAGUCUUCGAGCUGAAGAAGGAAGUUCUUCGACUGGAAAGCCGGGUGCUAGAGCUAGAGCAGCAUGGUGACUGCAAGGGACAUAGCGUCCAACCAGCAGCCAAUCCAGGGCACCACCAGGUGCCACCACAAGAGCCAUCGGGAGGACAGCAGAAGCUGCAGGAAGAAUUGAAAUGGGUCCUGGAGCAUCACAGAGUCAGGCAGCAGGCGCUGGAGACACGAGUGGCAGUCCUAGGCCAGCAGUUGCAGGGAGCCCGAGAGGAAGCCAGGACAGCUGGUCAGCGCCUGGCUGCCCAAGCCAUGGUGCUGUCUACCUGUCAGGGUCAGCUCCGGCAGGCUGAAGCUGAAAAUGCUCAGCUGCAGUUGAAGCUGAAGAAGUUGAAUGAGGAGUAUGCCGUCCGGCUGCAGCGCUAUGCCAAAGAGACAGUGGAGACUGCCAACAGCACGGGUCGGGCAGCCCUUCAGUCGUUCCUGGAGGACACUCUGCAGGACAUUCGGGCCGCACACCGCAGCCGAGAGCAACAACUGGCCCAAGCAGCCCGGACCUACCGCAAGCGUCUGGCAGAUCUGAGCCGGGGGCAGGAGUUGCUGCUAACCACCUGCAGGGCUACCUUCGCAACAGCCAUCGACCUGGAGCCAUUACCCAUGCACUGGGCCACCGAACUCGGCCACCAAAGGGAGAAUGAGUAUGGCAGACGCAGGACACUGCUACAGUACCCCGAGAAAGGACCUGGCGAAACUUCCAAGGACGGCAGGUCACAGCCACUGGCCCUGGAUACUGCAUCCUGGGCCCAAAUCCAGAAGAAGCUGCAGGACUUCUCCCAGGACACCCAGGCAGAGCUGGAACGAGAGCGGGCGCAGCUGAUAGUCCGGGCCACCAUGGCAGAGCAGCAGCUCUCUGAGCUACAGCAGUAUGUGGACCAGCACUUGGGCAGGUACAAGCAGGAAAUCCAGAGACUGAGGAAGUUGGUGAAUACAGGAGACCGCCAGGGAGUGGAAGUUAUGCCUUCCACUAGGACCCAGCGCCCAAGGACCCGGAGUCACUAGCUAGCUAGUCUCCCAGAGACUACAAAUCAA